AUGCCGGGUCUCGCCGCGUCUGAUCUACCCCCGGAGACGCUCCACCCAGGCGACACACUCGAGUAUUUUAGCAACGCCUUCGUCUUUGGCGACCCUAGAGACCACCGCGUAGCUGUUGUUACGAAAGUCGAUGCUAGGAAGGGCGUCGACUAUCCUGUGACUCUCGAUACAGGCGACGUCAUCAGUCUGACCAUGAUGACGAAGCGGCUGGCAGACCGCUUCGGGAGACUGCUCAAACCUGACACCACUAAGUGGCGCAAGCUACGCACGUAUGAGUUGGCCGCCGGAUCCUGCUCGGCUCCUUCGCGAGCCAUCUCAUUAAAAAAAGCCUUAGAAGACGCCGUCAAAGCGUCAAUAGAAGCAGUCUACAGGGCGCUUCGAGACGUGCCUGAUGAGAUCGUCCAGGAGAGCCCGCAGUCGGACGACUUCGACAGCGAGGACCCGGCCUCGAGACCCGCCGACCCGUCCAGCACACCCAAUAUUCAGGCCACCGCCCUUCCCAACCCUUCAGAAGACAGUGAGCUAUUGGAAGACAAAGCCAAAAUUGAGGAAAAGACUCCAAGUUCUUGUAUUAAUCAAGUUAUCGACUUAGUUUCUUCAGAAGAAGAGGAGACGAUGCCUAGAAACGAUAAGAUGGACGCCGCGCCAUCCGAUGAGAAAGUGAAAGAGGCUGCAGCCUAUCUCAGCACAAUUCCGAGCCGCUACGCCCGUGAGAAGAUCCGCCACCAGCCAAAAAAGCGCAAUGGUCAGUGGCACGUGCCCAGAUCGAGGAAACGUCGGGAUCUGAUGAAAUGUGCCAUUACAAGCAGUGGCAACGCUAUCUACCACGCUAAAACAGUGAAAGCUGUUAAGAUUCAAACUCUAUUGAGCUCCCCGGAGGUUAAAAGUCGUCUAAAGAAUCUACACGCUCGCCGCACUACCUACCCUGAUCCUACGACCCGAAAUGAACGCGUCCUAUUGACUGAAUUCCCUGGCCUGCCGGCAUCGAGAAGAUCAGUAGUUGCAAACGCAACGGAGUCAGGUUUCCCGAUAUUGGGAAGUUUGACUCGUGUGCGUGUAAACGUAGACUCUGCUACGUUCUGCACACCGCGUUUGUGCAACCUGGAUGCGAAGUGUAGCAACGCUCCUCGCACUCUGAAAACUCUACGACUUUUUGACAGUGGUCGUGUCGGAUUAGGCGUCUACACUACAACAGAUCUCGACGUUGGAGACGUCGUUGGUGAAUACUGCGGGGAGCUGAGCGAGUUCCCUACCGUGGUGCAUGGCCAACCUGACCAGGCUGUAAAGCAGAACAGCGGCUACACGCUGCUGUACAACGCGAAGUCCACCAAAAAAAACUACGUCUACGUAGACGCUUUGAAGUGCGGAUCCAUCACCCGCUUCAUCUCGCACGCGUGUGACCCCAACGCGGCAUUCGUAGAGCAACAGACCCGGACUCGAGUGAAAGUUCUCGUAAAAAUGAUCAAAGACGUCAAGGCCGGUGCACAGAUCACUGUGCACUAUGGCAACGAGCGAUGGUUCAAGUGCGCGUGUGAUGACUGCUGGGCCGAAAACGACAACGAAGCCGCCAAUUCGGGGACUGAGUAG